ACCAGUUCGCCUGUUCCAGAGAAUAUAGGCCUCCUGCAUGCAUGCAGAACGACAUCCUAUCGUAUCGCGAGCCUCGAAAACUGUUGGCAUCAAGUUACACGAAGAAUGCCUAACCUCGCCCAAUGCAAACUCAUAUAGUCCAACGAAACCCACAUCAUUACCUUGUCUGAACACGCUGUGUUUUCUUCCCGCGCUUGCGCGUCCGAUUCUACAGUCUCAGCCAAACGCAAUGAUCGUCCCCGAGUCUCUCCUCAGCUGCUUCUGCGGUGCCGAACUCCAGCACCAACCCGAGAACCACCAUUGCGGCAACAAUCUCAAAUACACCCUGAUCAACGAGAAACCCGGCCUUGAACCCGUCCCCUCCACGGCUGCUACCCCGCGCCUCCAUCCUGCUUGCCCGUACCUGGACGGCAACGACAACAAGAACGACGACGACGACGAGCUCACCCGCCGCGCCGACCGAAUCCUCACCGUUCUUCUCACCGCCCCGCGGCCCGCAGACCCUUCCGAGGCCGACCUCACGAGCGGGGCAGCCGCCGCGGCCGGCCUGCGCGCCCAGGACUGGACGUCCUACCUUGCCGAGCGCGUGCUGCACGCCCUCGAACGCAAGCUCGGGGACGUCCUCGCCGAGCACAGCAGCGCGGACCGGUCCGGCUGGGGCGGCGCCCUCGCCGACGCAUAUGACUACGCGGUGGAACUCAUUAAGCGGGAGCUCCGCGAGCUGUGGGAGUAUGCCAAGGCGCACCCGUACGAGACGGCCGCGACGGUGCUGCUGACGCUGGUGUCGCUCGGCGUGCUUGCCCGGCUGUUGCCCUUAAUCGUGCGGGCCCUCGGCUUCGGCGAGCUGGGGCCCAUCGAGGGGUCGUUCGCGGCGUGGUGGCAGCGACUUUACGGUGGGUAUGUGCCCAAGGGAUCGCUGUGGUCGUUCCUGCAGCGCAUGGGAAUGACUUGGAAGUGAGGAGACACACAGGGGUCAUGCGCGGGAGGAUGCUCUCAAUGGGAAGUGAAGGAUGCAUCUAGUUCCCAUGUGGCUUCUGGUUUGCGGCCUUAUUACACCUGGGGUUGCUUGGCAGAGUGGUUUACCACAGCUCAAUUAAAACUGUUGAUGUCAGAUUUCCGCUUCCUUGGCCGUAUCUAACGAAAUGAUCACACUUGGAGGCCUAGAGUUUUGUGUGUCAGCCUUAGAACGACUUUCGGUAGCAGUUCAAUUCCCCGUCUUUGCGGGUGUGGGUGAGCUUGCAGAGCGGAUUGAAAGGAUUCCACAGGAAAAUAAUACAGCUUUCAGGGAUAGUUGAGAGGCCAACUUUCCACGAGUUGAAGUGGAAGGCCUCGUUCCUGCC